CGGCUGUCCUGGGCAGGCAGGCAGCCAGCCAGCCAGACGCUGGGCUAAUGCCGUUCGUUGUUGUUGUUGUUAGGUUUUUUUCUCACGCUGAACGAGAGAAGCGAAGAGAAGGCCCGAAGGGUUUGAGGGGGAGGUUUUCUGCCUGUUUUUGCAUGUGAAUAAUUCAGGGCUUGUCUGCUCUGGAAGGUUCUUUGUGCAGCUGGAGAGCUGGUGCUUGGCAGCCUCUCAGCCGCGACGCAGGGGCCCUGGGGCAGAGAUUCCGCUGAGGCCUUCCGUGCAGUGGAGCAGCAAGGGAGACCGGCUCCACCGCCAGCGCCUUGGCAAGCGGCUGUCGGUAAAUACCGCUAUGCUAGAGGUAAUGGUAAGGUGCAGGGUGAAGUGUGAUUGCAGUGCUUUUUAUCUGUGAAAUUCUACAGUGUGCGUCUUUAUUUUGUGGUAAACUGAUGUAAGCUUUUUGAGCAUGAGAAGGCUCUCCUUGUUAAAUGCAGCAGCGUCUUGGCUCUUUCAAAUAAAACACACUAAAAUUCCUAAACUGCAUGCCUGAGUCAUCAGUAGUCACUAUGAAUUCUUCAGGAAAACCAGGAAAAAACAAAAUUGCCACUGUGGCCCUUUCUGAAAUAAGGGGGAAGAGGAACAACACUUUAAAAUCCUUCUGUGGAGUGUUUUUGCAGGCCGUCAUCUUGACUAAGUGCAACAGGAGCAACUGAUUUCCAAAUCAUGGAUGAUUUGAGCAUUGCUCAGGGAUCAGGUGCUAUUAUAAGUGCAAGGUGUUUCCCCUUCUUGCGGCCAGGAAGUUCUGUCAUUACAACACACCCAGCUCCUGCAGUCCAGGAAACUGAGGAAAGAACGCUUUUUGGGCACGCACAUCAAACACUGAGGACUGUUACUCUGCAUUGCAAAAGUUACUCUUCCGGCCAUUUGGUGGCAAAUAGAGUAUUGCAACAGCAAGUUUAUUUUGAGCAGUCCCAGAUUGUUCCCUUCCUGUAGUCAGCGGCUCAGGUAAGGCAUUGCUUAUGAUUUCCUGCUUCUGAAGUAAAUGAUGUCAGCGUGGUUUGCCCUCAACAGUUCUGCCGGGAUAAUGUUUAGUUCAGGAAAUGGAGAAGUGGUUUUUUUUUUUUUUAAGUGAAUUAUGUAAACCAAUGAAUAUUUCUAGUAAUGUAAAUGUUUUCGUACUUUCUUUCCCGGACAAAACACAAUUGUGCCAGGAAAAGGAUCGUUAUAAUGGAAUAGCUGAAGCAGCGCCAGCAAGGACGUGCAACUUUACCUGUCCCAGUGGAGUUACGUAGUACAAGUUACUACUGCUGACACAUGCAAAGGGAUGUGUUUCCUGCCCUUGACCAUAGUGGAGCCAUCACAAUUUAUGCCAGGUGAGACCCAGCCCCUGUGAGGUCUCACAGGACCCACUGUGAGGUCCUGUGGCUUGCUGCCCACUCUGUUUCUCAUCUUCAGGGAGGAACAGUGAGCAAGCGGCUCUUCUUUCUACCUUGAGAAGCUGUGAGGUUUCUGCCUAAUUUCCACGUAUUAGGGCUUUGCGAUCUCCUCGUGUACUCUUCGUAUCCACCUUGUUAUUUCCCCCGAUGUUUCUCAGCCUGUUCUUCCUUAUAUUUCACACUUGGUGGGGUGACCAGAGUCAUCUGAGAAUGGUGCAGUGGGAUGCUGCACGAUGGCAUCUGCUGCCUGGGCUCUUGCUGCUGCCUUUGCAUCCGUUGAUCGUGUCCCCUUCUAGAGGGGAGGAGAGAAGCUGAGGCAGGAAAGGAAGGGAUCAAAGUAUUGAGGCCCCCCACCAGCACAAGUUGGUGGUCUAUUAUAGCAUGACAGCUAAUGUUUUUGUCAGAGCCGACUGCCUAAGCUUUGGGCGUGUGACAUCCACGUGUACAUUUGAACCCAUAGGGCAGCCCAGGCAUCGUGACGUGGAUUGGAGCAAAAUGGGCUCCUCUCUUCCUGCUUAGCAGGAAACCUUAAUCCUUUUUCCUCAGACUUUCUGCAUAAUUCCCCUCCUUCUGUCCUGAUCAGCAUCUACCCUUGUCAUUAACUGGCAUCUCCUGCUAUGGGCUGCGUCUUGCCACCAGCCUCAGCUUUCCAGACAGAGCCUGGGGAGACAGUGGUUCAGUUCACAGUGGGUAUGGCAGCGAGGCCUCCGUAGGAGUCCCCAGAAUCACUUGCAUCAGCCUUGCAGGUAGCAUCUCGUCUCAACGCGCUCCUGAGCAGCACACAGGUGUACAUGGAUGUCAGAGGGACUGUGGCUGGGUGCAUGCUCACUCUGGACUGUGCAGCGGAGUAGAGGAAACCAUGCCUCCCGAAGCUCAGCAGACACCAGCUCAGCCCUCAGCAUAUAUUAGGGCCAUGUCAAGUCCUGCCCUAACAUGCACCUCUGUUGCAGCCACCCCCGCUCCCGAGCUGACCUCACAGCCAGGAAUCUCUGGGAGAAACACUUUGACUAUGCCUUUGGUGCUGGGCACUCCUUUAGAGGUAGCAUCAAACUGGUUAUGCCUGGUUUUGACCAAGGAGGAUUUCCCCAGUGUGGAGUGAAUUCCCCUGCGUGAUAAGAAUCAGACUCUUUCAUGUUCUGCCAACAUGCAAGGCAAUAAGACCCUGAAGACCUCAGCUCUGUGUGUUCAAGACAGCCUCUCCAAGGUGGAGAGCUCGCUGCAGGACGAGGAACACCUUCCAAUGCUCUGAGCUGGUAAGCUGGGUUCACAUCCACAGUGAGGCAGGCAGGCAGGAAUGAGCUUCAGGCUCUGGACACAGCAGUCCCACACCAAGUGAAAAGGUCUGCUGUUGUGACCUUUAACAAAGCUAAGUUCCCCUGUGAAAAGCACCUCUGUGCUGACCUCACUGCCACGUGGUAAGUAUUUUCGUUUCCCCUAGCAUCUUUUAUUAAAAUGAAACCAGUCUGCUGCUGUCUCUCCUUUGCAGCUUCAUCUCGCUUCUACUUUCAGUUCUGAGCAGACACCUCUAUGCUGCCUCUAGGCUGGGAUGAACAGCAGACAAUGUCACUUUGUGCGCAGGCUUUUGAGAUACAGCCAGAAUUUUUGGCUCCCAUGGCAGCAGCAAACUCUACUCCACCUGGCUCUUUGGAUCUAAACCAGCCUGGAUUUUCCAAGGAGAUACUGGGCACUAAAUUGGAGGUCAAAUACCUCUGUUCAGAGUGCAAGAAUAUAUUGAGGAGGCCGUUUCAAGCUCAGUGUGGACAUCGCUACUGUUCCUAUUGUCUGAAGAAAAUUAUAAGUUCGGGACCUCAAAAAUGUGCCAGCUGUAUUCAGGAGGGAAUAUAUGAAGAAGGAGUUUCUAUUUUAGAAACAAGCUCGGCUUUCCCAGACAAUGCAGCUCGUCGGGAGGUAGAAAGUCUGCCUGCCAUCUGUAUUAACGAUGGUUGCACUUGGAAGGGGACUAUUAAAGAGUAUGAGAGCUGCCAUGAGGGGAACUGCCCGUUCAUGCUGAUUGAGUGCCAGGCAUGUAAGGGAAUGAUCAAACUCAAUGAAAAGGAACGCCAUUCUGAGCGCGAGUGCCCCGAGAGAAACCUCAACUGCAAAUACUGCAAAUCGCUUUUCUACUUUCCUGAUAUUAAGGCUCAUGAUGAAGUCUGCCCUAAAUUUCCAUUGACUUGUGAAGGCUGUGGGAAAAAGAAGAUUCCAAGAGAGAAGUUUCAGGACCAUGUGAAGACUUGUGGCAAAUGUAAAGUGCCUUGCAGGUUUCAGGUUGUCGGAUGUGCUGAGAUGGUGGAAAAUGAAAAGCUACCAGAACAUGAAAGCAAAUGUUUGGUGGAGCAUCUGUAUAUGCUACUGAGUUUUGUGCUGAGCCUCAAGACUGGAUCUGGAGGCCUAAAGCAUCAUGCUGCCUUUUCCUCAUCACAAAGCAACUCCCCACUACUGGCAGCAAAUGCUCUGUGCUCUGAGUCAGAUCUCUCCAAGUCCCUGGAGCUCCUAGGAAGGUGUGAGGCCCUCGAGAGGAAAACAGUGACCUUUGAAAACAUUGUCUGUGUGCUCAAUCGAGAGGUGGAAAGAGUAUCUCUAACAGCUGAAGCAUAUAGUCGGCAACAUCGACUAGACCAGGAGAAAAUUGAAACACUGAGUAACAAGGUUCGACAGCUGGAAAGGAGCAUUGGACUCAAAGAUCUGGCCAUGGCUGAGAUGGAAGAAAAGAUCCGCAACCUGGAAGCUUCCACCUACGAUGGUGUUUUCAUCUGGAAGAUAACAGAAUUUGCCAGGAAACGUCAAGAGGCGAUAACGGGCCGCUCUCCUGCAAUCUUCUCCCCAGCUUUCUACACAAGCAAGUAUGGCUACAAGAUGUGUCUGCGUGUUUACCUGAACGGGGACGGCACUGGGCGUGGGACCCAUCUGUCUCUCUUCUUUGUGGUGAUGAAAGGCCCCAAUGAUGCGCUUCUGCGAUGGCCCUUCAACCAGAAGGUAACCCUGAUGCUUUUGGAUCAGAACAACCGAGAGCACAUUAUCGAUGCUUUCCGACCUGAUGUGACAUCCUCCUCCUUCCAGCGACCCAUCACCGAAAUGAACAUUGCCAGUGGCUGCCCACUCUUCUGCCCCGUCUCCAUGAUGGAAGCGAAGAAUUCCUACGUACGUGAUGACGCCAUCUUUAUUAAAGCCAUUGUAGAUCUCACGGGCCUCUAACCCUCCUCGCCUCCAGGAGCAGUGAAUGCAGAGCCAGCCCCCAGUGGGGCAUCCUCCCUCUUGCGCCGCCCUUCAGGCGGGCCUCAGAGUGAGGGGAGGGGCAAAAAGUGGAAGGGGAAAAGCCCAGAGCUGUCCCCUUCCCAAAAAUGGGACCUUCUCCGCUCUGAGUGGAAACAAGGUGUCUGAUGGGAACCCCCUUCCCUGGUGUCAGAGAGACCUUUCCUGAGAAGUUUGGGUGUACAUUCACAGUCUGCGGGGUACAGGAAUAUUUCCUGCAGGGACUUGGAUAUCUGAGCUGCCGGUGUCCGGUUUUCAAGUGGAAACAAGCGCAGCUCUUGCUCUACCAGUUUAGUGCACAGCUUCAGUGCUCUGUAGUGCAACAAGGUUUGGUCUGCCCAAGCACCAUCUUAUGUGGAUGUUUGGCCUUUCUGGGCUUUUCUUCAGAGAUCUCCGUGUUACUGGAAACUUGAUUUGCUGAAGCAAUGUCAUUGCUCUGUGCUGCUGGCUGGUUUGUGCUUUGAUAUCUGGGGAAGGUGUGGGGCAGAUUUAGCUGCCAAGAUGGACUUGAGCCUUUGGAGAGAGAACCGUUGUGCUGCUGUUUUGUUGGCCCUGUUGGCCUGUAGAGACAAGUGCUGAGCCAAGCUGCAUGGGGGAGUGGUACCCUGUUUCUGGCUGAAUUUGGGUUCUUGAUCACGUGUGCUCUGAACGGUCCGAUAGGAGUCGGGGACAGUGUGGACAGCGUCAGUGGCUGCCUACCUAGAGGAGAGCAUGUGGCCAGCACUGAGGAUUUCUGCAGUGAGAGAAGAGUCCCUCCUAGAGACCGCCCAUCCUAUCCUGGAGGGCAACCACAGGGCUUGUAGGACUCCAGCCACCUGAGAUGUGUUUGCCUCCGUGGAGGUUUUUAGCCAGAUCCUGCUGUUCUCUGGCUGCCUGUUUACCUGAGUCUGAGCAGCGGUAAGGAGGGAUGGUGGCAGGGCUGGAAGCUGUCUUUACUUGCACAGAAACCCUCCUGAGCUGGUUUUAAUCUCAUUCCCUGGGAAGCUGCAGCAGCACAGGCACAUGAACCUUCCCAGGCUCCUGGGUACUUUCUGGUUACUGAAGCUCUGCUGCCAUCUGCGCCUGAUGCCCAUAUACAUCUGCACAUACUCUGUCACCUCUGAGGUUGCAAUGCUGACAGAGCUAUGGCAUGUCUCCUUGUUCACCUUCGCGGUGAGCUGCUGCUGUCCAGCCCCUGCCCUCCCCGUUGCACUUAGUCUGGGCUGUAACGUUCUGACUUUGCCAGGCUGGCAGGACCAACCCCCACGUGGGAUUCCCUGAGCUCUGGGAUCCAAUAUCCAAUGGCUCCUGGUUAGCGUGCUCUAGAGGACCCGCUCCCUGUACAGCCUCUCGGCCUGUUAGAGAGUUUGCAGCCACUUGCUUAGGACCUGGGGAGGCCAGAAAAGUCCCUGCGUGAAGCCUGCUGGCCCCUUUUCUGUCUCUGGGCUCUCUGCACUGCUCCCUUCUGGGCAGCAAGUAUUCUGCACCUUUAUCUGAGGUACAGUCUUUGUAUUUCGUGGAGAAGCAUAUUUUGUGCUGUAAUGUCUCUCCAUCAUGGCCAGCUAGUCCUUUUAGAGUUGCUUUGUGGUGGCCACUUGUAACUCUAGAGUGACUGUUAGCCAGGUUGGACUCUUAAGGCUUUCUGCCUCUUUCUUCCUGUUCUUUUUCUCAUCUCUGACAACCUCCAAACAUGCUCUGUAAGAUGUUUGGUCACAGGAGCCAGCCAGCUGGCUGCUGAGCCCACCUUGCAGAUGUCCUGGCCCUAUCCAGCUCCUGUACUACUCCUCUGGCCUGGAGGACAGGCAAAGAGGCUGUUGUAACUGCCUGGAAAGCCAUGACCCCCUUUGCGGUUAGCGAAUGGGAUCUGCUGCCUCUGUGUGAGGAGAGUGAAUUCUCCUUGGAACGGGGAGCGGCGUUCGCUGCUAGCGAACCAAAAGCAAUUGCAUGUGAAGCUGCGGCGCGCUCCGUGGAGGAAGGCCCAAAGCCCCUCUGUGGCGGCAGGUCCGUGCCUGGUGCCAAGCCCUGCAUGGGUGCCAGGCUGAGGCUCUUCUUCCUGCCAGCCUGAUAAAUACAGACUUUUCCCUGCUCUGAGCUGUGCCUUGCUUGUGGCUUCCUGCUGUCCCUUUGCUCUGGUGUGUUGGCCUCACUGUCUGGCCCCUUCAGCUGGGUCCAGAAGUCCAUCAGUGGAGAGGAGCUCUGACCCCAGCUGGGGAGCUCGGGGAGCCUUGCUAGGCUUGCAGGAAGAAGGACUACUGUCCUACAGCUCCCUGCCAAUAAUAACUGUACUGAUUGCACGCUCCUGCUCAGCACCUCAGCGCUUGGCUGAGCUUUGGGUCAGUCCUGCAACUGCCAGUCUUGAGGGCCCUGCCCCACCUGCAGGUAGGGCUGGAGUUGGUUGCCGCCUCUGCUCCUCGUCCACCAGUGCGGGUCAUGGCCUCUACAGCAGCCUGCCAGGGACUUUGCUGUCUGCUCAGCCCCUCGGGGUGGUUUGAGUGUUCCUGCAGGACGGCAGCUGCUGACCUGCCCCCUAUGCGGCAGGUCCUGCGCUGCUGCCCUGCAUGGCUGGCCUGGGGGUUAACUGCCAGAAAGUGGCUUGUUGUCAGAGAGGAACUGGAUGAGGCCGAGGCAAGUGCUGUACCUGUGCCACGAUGGCUGUCAGAGGGUUCUGGGAGGGACCUCUGGUGAGUUUGAAGGGGGGGGCUGGCACCUACUGUACCUGGGUAAUUCAUAUGACUUCUCCAGUAUGGUGGGUAUCUCAGAUCCUUACUCAAGCUGAGUCUCGGGCACCCAAAGGCGCUGUGCUGGCUGGGUGGCUGUCCCUGCCUGUGGAAGGGUGCUGGGAUGACCUUUGAGCCCCUGUUUAAAGUCUCUGUGCCGCUCUUAUCAACACGCUUGCUGCGGUAGUUCUUGUGCUCUGGCCCAGCGUGCAGCUGUGCAAAGGCCAUAGCUCAGGGCAGGCUAUGCUGUUUCAGUACAAGGAGAGGGACAGGCGGCAGCCGUGGUCGUGCCCUGGGUCUGCCAGAGGAGCAGGAGGGAGGCACAGCGAUCGUGUACAAGGCAGCUUCUGCUACCUGCCUGCAGCAGGUGGGUCUGGCUGGAUGUCGGGCAGGCAGGAUGGCUGCAGCAGGCCAUCCUUGCAGGGUGCGCUGAGCAACUUUUUGUAGCAUAGCUGCCGUGACUAGGCGGAGCUUCCAUUGCUGUCCAGAUCCCUGUGCGGCAAAAGCUCUUUCCUUUCUUGCUAAGGAAAAGGCAGGAGCGUGCUAGGCCCAAGUGCUGCAGCCCUGAGCCACCUAGCUGUCCCCCAGGAGGAAAAAACCGUAGAGCAGCCACCCUCACAAAGGGUGAUGGGGAUGGAACAUGCCAAGAACUGCAGGGCACCUGGGAGGUGGUGGUACCAGUCUGCUGCUGUCUGCAUGGGCUGGUCUGGUCCCCUCCUGGGCAGAGGGUUUACUGCUUUAUAUAAGGUCAUUGGAAGAUAGGGGGAGCAGUUAUGAUUUAGGAGUAAAAAUAACCCCCAGACCCGUCUCUCACUGCUUCAGGUUUGAGUCAAAACAUAGCGGACAGGCCAAGGCGGGGGGGGGGGUUCCUGCAGGAUGCUAGUUGCUUCCCUUUCCCUGUGAAGGAUUUCUGCAGCUGUGGUGCCUGUGUGGCUCCAGUGUCGCACAGCCCCUCGCUGCAGCCCUGCUUUGUGAAAAGGUGAGGGCUGCAGUAUGGGUCAGGGGCUUGCCUGGUUCUUCCCAACGCCGACAGUCAGUGGAUGGGAUGUCCACCUGGAGCAGGUCCUUGCGGAGUCGAGUGGGAGGGAGGGAGCCAUCGCUGCUUGCACCCUGCCUUGCUCCUGGGUCUUCUUUGAGCCCCCCCCC